AUGGGAACUGGUUUAAGUCACUAUGAGCAACUUUUCUACUACUAUUACUGUAUAAUCCAUAUACCAAUCACAAUCGCAAUAGAUUCUUCGGUAGUGAUACCAUUGAAGUAUCACCCCGCUGCAACAUUAGUAAAUUGGCACAUUGCUCAAAAUAAUGAUUUCUUGUUAUACGAAAAACCGAAUUGGUUGUACUGGUUUGUUAUAAUCGAGCUUUUGUUUCAAUUGCCAUUAUUUUUUUAUUUCAUCAAGGGGUUUCGUUCCAUUUGGAAUACUAAUUCGUUAACAAAAGACGACAAGGUUAGAUUAUACAAAGCCAAGACCACUUUAUUCAAAUAUUUGAGAAUAUAUGGGAUAAAUGCCUCCUUUACAUCGUUAGUUUGUAUCAUCGUCAUAAUACAAAGAGGUUAUUAUCCAAACUCUCUCGAUAUUGAGAUCCCCUUGUCGCAAUCUGAUAUGGUCAAUUUAGUGAUGGUGUAUCUACCAACUUUCAUUAUCCCACUAAGACUCUGCUUCGUGUAA